GAAAUAUGCGAAUUGAAUAAAACAUUGUGGGUAUGAAACUCUAUGGGAUCGAUUACGGAAUAACUUACUAGUUUUUAGCCUUUUUUCUCGGAUCGAAUUGUCAAACAAAACGAACUUGCGUGCAAUGGCAGAGGAAUCUGAAUAUCGCAUUCCCAAAGCGACUGUUCAAGAAAUUGACAAGAAGACAGUAGAAGUUAGUAUAAGAAUACCUAAUUUGGAAGUGAAAGCCAAGAUUCCAGGGAUAGGAACUGCUAAACUAAAGGAUAACUGUACAGUAACACCCAGUUUUAAGGCAAAUUCCCUUCAAAUAACUGCCAUUAUCAAGAAGAAUGAUAUUGAAAACAAGUUUAGAUAUGAUAUAAAAAAGUUACCAGGGGAGAUAAUUCCUGAGAAAUGCACCACAAAGUAUAAAGAUGAUCUGAUAACUGUACUACUACACAAAGCUGAUACUUCAUCAUGGGAGAUACAAUUAAAGAGAGGACUUGAACAAGCUAAAGAUUAAAAGGGAUACCUGACUCAAGUAUUGAACGGCCAUCAUGUCUUUUUCCAAUGGUGUACUACUGUAUAACCUGCAAAUAAGCUUAAAUGAUUUAUUAAGAUUGUGUAUAAACUUAUAGAAAUACUGAUUUUUACAACAAAAAGCUAUGCAUCUGUUUUGUUGUUUACGCUCCUGGAGAUAUGACUGUGAAUCAUAAAUAACCCCCUAAAGUCAGAUUAUACAAUGUAUAUUUCAAAUCAGUGCAAUUGUCAUUUUCUUUUUUGUAUAUUGAAUUUACAUACAUAAUGUAUUUCUUAAUCUGUAAAAGAUAUUUAUGUUGAAAAAAUGCCUUUAAUUUAUAGUUACUUGUGUGUUGUGCAAUGUUGUGUAUACAGCUUGCACAAACUGUUUAAAAAUGUUUCUGAUUUGGUCCAUUUCAGAACUGGUACUAAUAAUAGAUAAUUAAUUCACUUUACAAUUAAAUAUCAUCCAUGCAUAUCAAAUACUUAGCAGAAUAUGAUUAGAUUCUUCACUUCACACUCAGUUUUGCUCUUUUGUCUUUGAACAUCUUUCUUUGAUACCCUGUGCAAAUAAUGUUUUGGGAGGGCUAUAUUGGUAUCAUCUAGUUCAUCUGUUUACCUGUCUGUCCAUGUGCCUUGAAAGCCUCCUAAAUUACUAAAUGAAUAUCAACAAAACUUAACAUAGUUGUAGGACACUACUGAAGGGUGGGCAUAUUUGAUUAGUCCAGUUCCUGCAAGUUAAAGGGGAGACAACCCAACUUAUUAUCCAUUUCAGAAUCUAAUGCAUCCUGAGUAAUAUUUUCAAAAGUGUACACCAAAACGUCCAGAUUGGUUUGAAAUGUCAUAAACAAUGGAAAUUUAACCAAUGAUGUGACGUUAUUUUCAGUUUAGGGUGCCAACAAUGAAAUUACCCAUGAUGCUUUAUAUUUUGAAACGGCCAAUUAAAUUCAAUAAUACAAAAAUGUGAUGAUAGUCUCUCAUCUUACAACUCCUUUUUAAGGAUUGGAUAAGUUUGGAUAAAACUUUGCACAGUUAUAGAACACCUAUGGAAGAUAUGAAUAAAGGAAUGUAAUUAUUGAUUACCAUGUAAAAAGGGAAGAUAAUAAAUUUUUGAGUAUUGGAGUAUUUACAUAGGUUUACUAACUUCACGAACAGUUUUUGUCGAGCCUGCAACUUUUGUUGCAGAAAGCUCGACAUAGGGAUAGUGAUCCGGCGGCGGUGGCGGCGGUGUUAGCUCACUUCUUAAAAGGUUUAUAUUUUAGAAGGUGAAAGACCUGGAUGCUUCAUACUUUGUAUAUAGAUGCCUCAUGUUACGAAGUUUCCGUCUGUCACAUGUCCAAUGUCCUUGACCUCAUUUUCAUGGUUCAGUGACCACUUGAAAAAAAAGUUCAGAAUUUUUGUUAUGUUGAAUUCUCUCUUAUUAUAAGUACAAUGUAAUAGGAUAACUAUAUUUGGUAUGUGCGUACCUUGCAAGGUCCUCAUGCCCGUCAGACAAUUUUCAUUUGACCUCUACCUCAUUUCAUGGAUCAGUGAACAAGGUUAAGUUUUGGUGGUCAAGUCCAUAUCUCAGAUACUAUAAGCAAUAGGGCUAGGAUAUUUGGUGUAUGGAAGGACUGUAUGGUGUACAUGUCCAACUGGCAGUUGUCACCUGACCUUGACCUCAUUUUCAUGGUUCAGUGGUUAUUGUUAAGUUUUUGUGUUUUGGUCUGUUUUUCUCAUACUUCAUGCAAUAGGUCUACUAUAUUUGUUGUAUGGAAUGAUUGUAAGGUGUACAUAUCUAGCGGGUAGAUGUCAUCUGACCUUGACCUCAUUUUCAUGGUUCAGUGGUCAAAAAUUAUUUUUUUUAGUUUUGGUCUUUUUAUCUAAUAUUAUAUGCCAAAGGUCAACUAUAUUUAGUGUACUGACAUAUCUUAUGAUCUUAAUGUCAAUCCCGCAGGUUUUGUUUGACCAUGACCUCAAUUCCACGGUUCAUUGCACAGUGUUAAGUUUUUGUGUUUUGGUCUAUUUUUCUUAAACUUUAAGUAUAGGUCAACUAUAUUUGUUGUAUGGAAGCAUUGUUAGCUGUACAUGUCUGCCUGGCAUGGUUCAUCUGACCUUGACCUCAUUUGCAUGGUUCAUUGGUCUUUGUUUAGCUAUCUUGGUUAAUGUUAAGUUUAUGUGACAGUUGUAAUAAAGCUUUAUAUUAAGGACUAUCAACAUAAUAUCAAUGAUAAGUAAAGAAGGCGAGACAUUUCAGUGUGUGCACUCUUGUAAUUCUUACUUAAACAUGUUUCUAUUUGAAUAUCAAUUGUGUUUAGAAGAAAAAAGUAACAAGUAUCAUUAUGUAAAACAAUGGACUAUAAUGUAAAGUUGUUUUAUCAGCAUUAAUUUUGAUUUUGUUAUAUUUAGUUUUUUAUUGUUUACAAUGCAUAACAUAAUUUUUUUUCAUAAAAAGGUUUAAGAUUUUUGUUACAUCUGUUGCUGUUGAAAUGUGUUUUUUUCUCAUUUUUUUUCUUCUUCUGUAAAUUAAAUUCAUGUAUGCAUCUGAAUAGAUCAGAAAACUAAUUUCUUAGAACUUUAAUUGCUUGUAGAAGUCAAUUUUAACAACUAUAUUGAAAUGCAUUAUUGCAUUUUUUUGUAUAUUUUAUAUUAUUGGUUAAUUGUACUAAUGAUGGUGGAUGUUUUCAAAAGUAGAAUAUCUUUGUAUUAUAUUGUACAAACCUGCCAGUGCAAUACAUGUUGUUAAGGAAUACUAUUCACAAAUAAUUAUGUAUUAAUCUGUUUAUUUUGAAAUAACUAGAAAACUAUAUGUUUAAUUAAUCAGUGUUCUCCUCGUGGCCUUUAAGCAUCAUGGUAAUUUGAUGCUAUUUUGCUAGGAUGUGAUGCUAUCUGAAAAUAUUUUCUGAUAUAUUGUGCUCUGGGUGUGAUGCAAUUAUUUCUAAAAACAGUGUUAUAGAUGUGAUAUAUAGAUUCCAUCACUGCAACACAUCAGUGUGUUACGAUAUUUCUCCACUCCAUACAGUUAAAUCUUUAUAUUUAAAGUGUGAGGCUUGCCCUGAAGUAAACUUUUUAUUUUUUGUAUGAUUAGGUUUUCUUUUACAUUUUAACCUUAUACUUUAGUUUAUUUUAUGUAUGUGGUGAUUGGUUUUAGUUUUUUAGAUUUUGUAUCUACCUCAUACUCAACUAAGAUUUUUUUUUUGUAUAACUAUGGCAGUGUUACUUUUAAUAUUUUGUCUGUACAACUAUUUGCAUCUGUAAACAAAAGAUUGAUAUUUUACACCGAACACCAUAUCAAAUGUAAAUUAUCUCCCUUGAUAACUUUUAAGUUACCUCCCCUGGUGAUAGAUAACUUUUCAAAAUUCUUUUUUUUGCAGUUUCUGAAAUGAACUAUUUCUAAAACUUAAUUUGAAAUUGAUAUUUGAUUUAGAACUAUGUUAUAACUAGGUUGCAAACUAUUUAUAUAAAAAAACCUAACCAUUUCAAUUACUUUGUAUUCUUUUUUAAUGAAUUUUAUUUUAAGAUACCAGGUUUUUUUUUAUGAAUUCUUCAAUAGUAGAAAAAAUUAAACCAUAAAUUACUUGAAAAAAGUGCAUAGUAACCAUGAAAACUUAUUGCUAGCUAGUGGUUGUUUACUGGAGUGAAUAUUACAGUAUACAUACCUUUUAUUAUAACAAAAUUUGAAAAGAAUUUGAAAAUGUAUUCAUAUUUUAAAUGUUACAUAAAGGUGCUCCUUUGAAAACUAGAAAUAUAUAAAACAUAAGUUACAGUAAGAAUACAAGUCGAUGUAGUGUCUAUAAGGUACCUCCUAAACAGCAACACACAAACACACAUAGCCUUCUUUUGUCUGCUUUUGAUUUAAUUCUACAGCAAGCUGCCUAUGUCAAAAUAUUAACCCUAAAUUUUAUCAAAAGUAGAAUCUGUGGUUUAAAAACUCAGGUUUUUUUUUAACUUUUUAUUUAUAUUCUUUGAAAGUAGAUAUGCCAAUGUUUUUAAUAACAUAAGUUAAUUUGUAUUUAUAAUUUAAUAGGUUGUUUAUAUGUUUACUGCAAUGAUCUGAUGUGUUCUUUUUAUAGUUAUAUACAUUUGAAGCAUUUAAUCAACUCAUUAAAUAUUUUGAAAAAU